GCGGGAUUGCUUUUUCAGUUUUUCAAGAAAAGAAGCACACAGACCCACCACAAGCCACAAAACGAAGGCCUCUUCUUCUCCUCUGUUUUUUCUUUACUUCUUUGUCUGAUAAAACUGUCAUCAACCCCCUCCUCUUACCACUCUCUCUUCCCCUUCCUACUUCUUUUUUCCUUUCAUUUUUUCUUUUUCUUUUCCUUACAAAUAUUUAAUAUAUAAAUAAUUGAUAUGUGUUGAAAAGAACUGAAAGAUUCCGUCUUGAUCGUUUGAAUCUAUGGAACAGCUUGUCAACUUCAUCAUCCGCCCUCCAAGAGCUGAAUAUGAUCCCAAAAGUGAUUUAUUGGAACGGGAGUUCAUGCUGAAAGGGAAAUGGUAUCAACGGAAGGAUGUAGAGAUAAAAAAUAGUCGGGGUGAUGCUCUUCAAUGCAGCCAUUACAUGCCUAUAGUCAGUCCUGAAGGAAAGCCUCUGCCAUGUGUAAUAUAUUGUCAUGGAAACAGUGGAUGUAGGGCUGAUGCCAGUGAAGCUGCUAUAAUUUUACUUCCCUCAAAUAUUACAGUCUUUACUCUCGAUUUCUCGGGAUCUGGAAUUUCUGGAGGGGAGCAUGUCACUCUAGGCUGGAAUGAGAAGGAUGAUCUGAGGGCUGUGGUCAAUUAUCUGCGGGAUGAUGGAAAUGUCACUUUGAUUGGCUUGUGGGGUCGCUCAAUGGGAGCUGUAACUAGCCUUAUGUAUGGAGCUGAGGAUCCUUCAAUUGCAGGGAUGGUUUUGGACAGCCCCUUUUCUGAUUUGGUUGAUUUGAUGAUGGAACUUGUAGAUACAUAUAAAGUUCGUCUGCCAAAGUUCACAGUGAAGUUUGCAAUCCAGUACAUGCGAAGAACAAUCCAAAAGAAGGCUAAAUUUGACAUAAUGGACCUCAAUACUAUUAAGGUGGCAAAAUCUUGUUUUGUUCCAGCUCUACUAGGGCAUGCCAUUGAUGAUGAUUUUAUACAACCCCAUCACUCUGAUCGUAUAUUUGAGGCAUACAUGGGAGACAAAAACAUAAUUAAAUUUGAAGGAGAUCAUAAUUCUCCGCGUCCUCAGUUUUACUUUGAUUCCAUAAACAUAUUUUUUCACAAUAUUUUGCAACCUCCAGAAGAUGAGGUUGGGGAAUCAUUUUUUGACACUGUGAAUGAUUACUUUGGUAAGGAUGUUUGGAGAUCUGUGCAUGAAGUAGGCUACAACAAUGAAUCAUCAUCUAAAAACAAAGAACCAUCAACAAGCAGUACGGUAGAUGCUAUUAAGCAGGUCCGUUCAAGACGCCCAAUGAGUAGGAUGGAGGUUCCAUCUGAUAUUUCAAAAGAUGAACAUCGUGAACAUGAGCUCGAAGAGAAGUGUGGUGAUCUUUCCCCAUCGUCUUCAUCAAUGAUAAGCUUUGAAUUGUCAAAUGGUGAUCCUUUUGGCCCCCAUGUUCCAACCACGUUGGAUGAUGAUCAGUAUGUCGAAUAUCAACUAGAAGACCUUGCAGGUUUUCCAUCCAGUGCAGAGGAGGAAGAAAGAAUGUUCAUGGAAGCAGUGAUGGAGUCACUGAAGGACCUGGAAUUACGAAAUCCACAGACAGAACAACCAACAGCCAGCAGUGUUAGUACCGUAUCCGUAGAGCCAUCAGAUAAACACAGCACAGAUGUUUCACAGGAGAUUUCUAGGCCUAUGGAGACAGAAUCCUCUUUAGUCAAAAGCUCUGCCGAUUCGAACUCUAAAACCAGUUCCACUACAUCAGAAGAAUGUGUGCCACUGAAAGGUGAGUCAAAUUCCGUUGCAUUGAAUCAUUCCCAAAAUGUGGUAGCCGAGCCAAGUCCAGUACCAAGCCUUUCCCCGCAGCUGCCACUAGCACCAGCGGACACAUCAUCAGUAACCGAGUCUGGCAAUGUGGGUGGAUCUGCUCCCAGUGAUAGUUCUGCAAGAUUACAAAGUUCAUCAGAGACGGACGUAUCACAUAAUACAAAAGCCACGGUAACAGUUGUUCGGAAUCCGGCAGGCCAUGCCAUGGACGGCUUAAUGCGGCGUUGGGAUUUCAAUUUUUUCAAAAGUAACCGAUAGAUAAGAUGAGAGAUUCUCAUUAUCCAUUUGUUAGUUAUACAUUGUUUCUGUAACUAUAAAAAAUCAUAGUUUGUACGAAAGAAAUAGGUUGCUCGUGUGUAAAUUUAGUAUGUUUAGAUUCUUAACAAAUCAUCCAAUAUUCUUUGACUGUAAAAGUGAGAAUUAUCAUAUUUUGAAUUGUUUUGUUUUUAUGAAUUUAAAUGGGAAACAAUCUUUUUCCACCUUUGUACUAAUCAUUGAACAAAGAUUGUGGAUAUUCCU